AUGUCGAGUGGAAAUAAGAUCGCAAAAGUACCACCGUUCUACAAUGUUAACAACGACACUUUCUAUCAUGGUCCAGCCUGGGUAAUUAAACCGAAAUUAUUCCCACGGAAAGAGACUCAUGUGAAACAUCCAGGUCCAGCCUACUACCGUAUACCGAAUCGAUCUGUCUACGCACAUCCAGGAGUAACAAUAGCUAGUCGAUAUGAAACAAAUCCUCCGAGUUCGACACAUCUAUUAGCAUACUAUCAUCCUACUGAUCAAUACAUUAGCAGUACACAGAUGCCUGCAAUAUCUAUCACACCACGUCGAACCAAACACGAACAGUCACGUAAUUAUGCAGGAUGUUUGUAUACGCCAACGAAUAUGUUGGAUCACUGUCGAACUUCUCUUCUACGAUCUUCAUAUCAUCCGAGUACAGCAUGGAAAUCACGAAAUCCUCACUCAUCAUCAACAUCAAGUUCACCCGGCCCGGCUGCUUAUCCUAUCUAUGACGACGAUGAAGAUAUCCUUCCUCGUCCACAACCUGGCUUUACACAAAAACAUCGCUUCUCAUCAAGCAAAAAUCAAAAGAUUUCCCAAACGAAUCCGCCUUUCUACUAUCCGAAUAAAAUGGAUCAACAUCGUUUACCAUCAUUUACGAUUGGCAAACGUCUACUACCGUUCGAAAGCACUCGUCAACGUACACCUCCUUACUAUUCCUCGAUUCAUGAUAAGGCGCCUUGCUUGAGUACAGUCAAACCGGGUAUUACAUUGAAAGGACGUUGGAGUCCGGCAGUCUGUGUACUAACUGAAGGAUAG